AUGGCUUUAACACUUCGUUCUUCAACUUCUUUUAUCAAUCUUAAAGAUAAUAGAAGCUUUAAAACUUCAGAAGAUUUCUCUACCAUGGUUGGCUUUCCACAAAUCAAGCCAUCAACCCAGCUUCGAGCAAAACAUUCCACGCACGAAGUUCACAUCCCAGUGCUCGAAAGAGUUGACCAAAAUGAGAAGCUUCAUGGGAUGGAAAUUCCUCAUGACCAUAAAGGUUUGAGGGUACCUGUUUUUGUGAUGCUGCCACUCGACACCAUAUCGAUAGGCGGCAACUUAAACAAGACAAGAGCCAUGAAUGCUAGCUUGAUGGCUUUGAAGAGUGCCGGAAUCGAAGGAGUAAUGGUCGAUGCAUGGUGGGGAUUGGUCGAGAAAGAUGGACCUUUAAAUUACAACUGGGAAGGGUAUGCUGAGCUUGUAAACAUGGUCGAAAAACACGGCUUGAAGCUUCAAGUUGUCAUGUCUUUCCAUCAGUGUGGAGGAAACGUUGGAGACUCUUGCAGCAUUCCUCUGCCUCCAUGGGUUCUUGAAGAGAUCAGCAAAAAUCCCGACCUUGUCUACACAGAUAGGUCAGGUCGGCGCAACCCAGAGUAUAUCUCAUUGGGCUGCGAUUCGUUGCCUGUUCUCAGAGGAAGAACACCAAUUCAGGCCUAUUCCGACUAUAUGAAGAGUUUCAGAGAAAGAUUCAAGAACUAUAUGGGAAAGGUUAUAGUGGAGAUACAAGUGGGGAUGGGACCUUGUGGAGAGUUAAGGUAUCCAUCCUAUCCGGAAAGCAACGGAACCUGGAGGUUUCCAGGAAUUGGUGAAUUUCAGUGUUAUGACAAGUACAUGAGAGCUUCACUGGCAGCUUCAGCAGAAGCAAUAGGGAAGGAUGAAUGGGGACAAGGAGGGCCAGUUGACGCGGGACAAUACAACCAAUUCCCAGAAGAAACUGGAUUUUUCCGAAGGGACGGUACUUGGAACAAUGACUAUGGAAAUUUUUUCUUGGAAUGGUAUUCUGGAAAACUACUUGACCAUGGAGAGAAAAUCCUGGGAGCAGCUAAAGGAAUAUUCCAAGGAAGUGGAGCUAAACUAUCUGGGAAAGUUGCUGGAAUUCAUUGGCACUACAACACAAGAUCGCAUGCAGCCGAAUUAACAGCAGGAUAUUAUAAUACUAGGCACCAUGAUGGUUACUUACCAAUAGCCCAAAUGAUGGGUAAACACGGAGUUGUAUUGAACUUUACGUGCAUGGAAAUGAGAGAUGGAGAACAACCAGAGUAUGCCAAGUGCUCACCUGAAGGUCUAGUUCGCCAAGUUAAGAUGGCAACAAGAACAGCUGGAACAGAACUUGCUGGAGAAAAUGCACUGGAGAGGUAUGAUUCAGGAUCAUACUCACAAGUUUUGGCAACAAGUAGGUCGGAUUCUGGAAAUGGACUGAGUGCAUUUACAUAUUUGAGGAUGAAUAAGCAGUUGUUUGAAGCAGAGAAUUGGAGGAAUUUGGUUGAAUUUGUAAAAAGCAUGUCAGAAGGUGGUCGAAACAAGAGACUUUCGGAGAUGGACUCGAGCAGGACAGAUCUGUAUGUCGGAUUUAUCAAAGAAAAAAAUGUGAAGGAGAUGAACAAGGUUGCCCUUGUGUAA